GGGGACGAGGCCCGCGGGCGAUGAGGCGGCGGCGGCGGCCGCGGGGGGCGGCGGCCGGGGCUGCCGGGCUUUAAUUUUUGGCGGUGAGAAGGACUGAGUGGACGGCAGGAUGACCACAGCUGCAGAGCGGAAGUAUAUCAACAUUAGGAAGAGACUGGAUCAGUUGGGGUACCAGCAGACUCUGACGGUAGAAUGUUUACCCUUGGUGGAAAAGCUUUUCAGUGACUUAGUUCAUACAACAGAAAGUCUUCGGCAAUCAAAAUUAUCUACUGUGAAAGCUGAAAAAGAAAGUGCCAAUUUUGAUUUUGUUUUGGAACCUUAUAAACUAGAAAAUGCAAGAUUGAGCAGGGAAAAUAAUGAAUUAUACCUGGAGUUAAUGAAACUAAGAGAACACUCAGAUCAACACAUAAAAGACCUGAAAACUACUUUGAAGAAAUGUGCACGUGAAACAGCUGACCUGAAAUUUCUAAAUAACCAGUAUGUUCAUAAACUCAGGCUUUUGGAGAAAGAGGGCAAAGCUAAAAAUGAGAAAAUCCAACAACUUCAAGAAAAGAAUUUGCAUGCUGUUGUACAAACUCCAGGGGGCAAGAAGAGAAGUAUUGCUUUCAGGCGGCAGCGAAUGCAAAUUGACGAGCCAGUCCCUCCAUCCGAAGUCAGUUCAUACCCAGUUCCUCAGCCGGAGGACCCUUACAUUGCAGACCUCCUGCAAGUGGCUGAUAACAGGAUUCAAGAACUUCAACAGGAAGUCCAGCAGUUACAAGAAAAGUUAGCAGUGAUGGAGAGUGGAGUGAGAGACUAUAGCAAGCAGAUUGAGCUAAGAGAACGAGAGAUAGAACGACUGUCAAUGGCUUUGGACGGGGGUCGUUCCCCUGAUGUCCUGACGCUGGAGAACAGAAAUAAAACCAAUGAAAAGCUCAUCGCUCAUUUAAAUAUCCAGGUUGACUUUCUUCAGCAAGCUAAUAAGGACCUGGAGAAGCACAUCCAAGAGCUUAUGGAAACCAAGGAAACAGUGACAACUGAGGUUGUUAACUUAAGUAACAAGAAUGAGAAACUCUGCCAAGAGUUAACUGAAAUAGACCAGUUAGCACAGCAGUUGGAGCGACAUAAAGAAGAAGUGCUUGAGACUGCUGAUAAAGAACUCAGCGAAGCAAAGCAAGAGAUUCAAAGAAAUCUCUCUGAAAUGCGGAAUCUUGAAGAAACAAUGGCAAAACUUCAACUGGAAUUAAACUUAUGCCAUAAAGAAAAGGAGAGACUGAGUGAUGAACUGCUUCUUAAAUCAGACCUGGAAACUGUCGUCCACCAACUUGAACAAGAGAAACAGCGACUCAGCAAAAAAGUUGAGAGUUCUGCAAUUACAGAAAGAGAACUUACUUUGGAAGUUGAGAGAAUGAGGCUAGAACAUGGAAUAAAACGCCGAGACAGGUCACCUUCUCGUUUAGAUACAUUUCUCAAAGGUAUAGAAGAAGAACGAGAUUAUUAUAAGAAAGAACUAGAAAGACUCCAGCAUUUAAUACAGCGAAGAUCUUGUUCUACAAAUUACUGUGCUCGUGAAAAAAUCCCAAUAUUUAAAACACAAGAAAAAGGUGAUUACAAUUCAGAAAUUCAUCUGGUCACAAGAGAAAGAGAUGAACUUCAGCGUAUGCUGGAAAGAUUUGAAAAAUAUAUGGAGGAUAUACAGUCCAAUGUUAAAUUAUUGACGGCGGAGAGAGAUAAACUCAGUGUCUUAUAUAACGAAGCUCAGGAAGAAUUGUCUGCACUCAGACGGGACUCCACCCAAACCACAGUCUCCAACAAUAUUGUUAGUCUUAUGGGAAAGGAAAAAGAACUUGCCUUAUCUGACCUAAGAAGAGUUAUGGCAGAAAAGGAGACUUUGAGAGAAAAGUUAAAUAAUAUCCAGGAAAUGAAUCUUUUUGGAAAAUCAGAAUUAGAGAAAACUAUUGAUCAUUUGACACGUGUUAAUCAUCAGCUUGAAGAUGAAAAAUAUGAAUUAAAAUCUGAAGUGUUACUAAUGAAAGAGAAAAUAGACUCAUUAGAGAACAAAUCAAAACUCCAAGCUCAAAAGCUUUGCCAUGUGGCCGGUGACUCAUCUCAUCAGAAGUCAGAGAUGAACUCACUUAGGAGAGUAAAUGAGCAGCUAGAGCGGUCACUUGAUGACUGUCAGCACCGACUCGCCAUAAAAAGAGGUGAACUUGAUUCAGCCCAAGCACAAAUUAAAAUUCUGGAGGAACAAAUAGAUAAAUUAAACCUUAAGAUGACUUCACAGGAUGAGGAGGUCCAUGUCAUGAAAAAGACCAUUGGUGUCAUUGAUAAAGAAAAGGACUUUCUUCAGGAGACUGUAGACGAGAAGACAGAAAAGAUUGCAAACUUGCAAGAAAACCUCGCUAGUAAAGAAAAAACUAUUGCUCAGAUGAAGAUAACUGUCUCAGAGUUUGAUAAAUCUAUGAACCAGCUAAAGGAAACCCUGAGUAAUCGAGACCGGGAGGUGAGCAGCCUCCGGCGCCAGCUGGAUGCGGCUCACAAGGAACUCGAUGAAGUUGGAAGAUCCAGAGACAUGGCUUUUAAGGAAAACAGAAGAUUACAAGAUGAUCUGGCUACAAUGGCAAGAGAAAACCAGGAAAUCUCACUGGAAUUAGAAGCAUCAGUACAAGAAAAAGAAGAAAUGAAAAAUCGAGUUCAUAAUUAUAUAACUGAAGUAUCACGAUGGGAGACCUUAAUGGCUUCUAAGGAAAAGGAAAAUCAAGAUUUGUUAGACAAAUUCCAGAUGCUUCAUAACCGUGCUGAAGACUGGGAAGUCAAAGCCCACCAGGCUGAGGGGGUGAGCAGUUCAGUCCGGCUGGAGCUUCUUUCUAUUGACACAGAGAGGAGACACCUUCGAGAAAGAGUGGAACUUCUAGAAAAAGAAAUUCAGGAGCACAUAAAUGCACAUCAUGCAUACGAAUCCCAAAUCUCAUCCAUGGCCAAGGCCAUGUCUAGAUUAGAAGAAGACCUGAGACUUCGGGAAAAUGAGAAAGCAGCGGCGUUGAGUGAUCUGUCGUCUCUGAGAGAGCUUUGCAUUAAGUUAGAUUCAGGCAAAGAUGUUACAACCCAACAACUGAAUUCCAAAAACCUUGAGUUUGAGAGGGCUAUGGCAGAAUUAGAAAAUGUAAAAUCAGAGUCUGAGAUGUUAAAAAAACAGCUGUUAAAUGAAAGACACACAAUUAAAAACCUAGAAGCAUUGUUGGCUUCGAACAGAGAUAAAGAAUUUCACUCUCAUUUAACCUGUCACGAGAAGGACACCGAGAUUCAGCUUCUCAAAGAGAAGUUGACCCUUUCGGAGAGCAAAUUAACUAGUCAAAGCCGGGAGAACACCAUGCUUCGAACUAAGGUGGCAGAAUUACAGACAGAUCACGACGCUCUGAAAAGGCAGAUUGCAGCGGAAAAAUACGAACGAGAACGAGCGAUCCAAGAGAUGCGUCGACACGGUCUUCCUACUCCACCCCUUAGUUCUACUCUGAGGUCUCCUUCGCCAACUCCUGAACAGAUCAAUGUAUAAUUGUCAGAAAGCCCUCUCUGUUUCAGAAUAAUGGCCUUCCCUGAAUUUCUCUGUGGAUGAUAAAGAAUAGAAAUGAAGCAUUUGAAGUACUUGUUCCUGAAAAUCAUGAACAUGGACCAAAUUCUACCUCUGCCAGCUUGUAUUUAAAUCAGUGAAUAUUUAUGUAAAAAAGUUUGCUUUAAAAAACUGUAUAUUUUCAUAUAUGGGACAGAACAAAAUAUAUACGAAUAGUGCUUAACUGGUUUUUUAUUAUUUCCUCACUUAAUUUACUCCCAAAAUGUGUUUAUACUGUGAGUUAAUAUAAUGUAUUAUUCACGUCAUACUUUAAUAAUCUGUUUCUUAAUGAGCCAUGGUAUAAGUAUGUUAAUAUUCUUAUAUUGCAUGUUUUCAAUGUGUUUUUUUGCCUGUUUAUAACCCUUAUCUUAAUUAGCCACAGAGAAUUCUCAGUGUUAAUGCUAUGCUGGCAUGUUUAACUUUUAUAUUUUAAAUGUAAAAUUAAUUAUUCACAGAUUUGCUGUCAUUAAGUGAAAUAUAUUCAAUUUUAGUCUUAUUGUAAUAGCAGAGGUCUUGAUAAAAUAGUUAUUACCCUACAUAAUUUGCUAUUGCCCAACAGAAGAACUGUAAUGGGAAAGGUUGAUUUGUUAGGUACACUGCUACUUUGGCUAUCACAUGAACUUUUCAUAUAAGAGAAAUUAUAUCAGAAUCAAGCUAAAAGCUGUACUCAAAGUUUUAUAAAACUGUCGAACGAAAAUUUGGGGCAGUUUUCAGAAAUGAAAUUUCUUAGUGUGUUAAUCUAAAAUUUCAGAGAAUGAAAAGAUAUAGGUAAAUAUAGUAAAGAUUAUUGUUGACAUUCCAAAAUACAUCCAAUAAUAUCAGUUUUUGCCUCUGAACUGCAUAUUCUAAUUUGCUAGUGUUUUCAAACAGCAUGUGAACACUGAACUGUGGCAUAUAAAUUGAAAACAGCUUUUUACAAUUAAUUCUCAAAGUUUCAACAUUUAAGAACUUAGGUUUAUACAUAUAUUAACCAAAGAAAAGUAUAAAAGAGAGUGUCAGUUACAAAAAUUAAUCGUGUCUUAACCAUAUAUGUGAAGAAAAUCCUGUUCAUCCUAGAUUUCAUUAUGACUGAGAAAGAACUCAGAAGCCGGCCUGGGGAAGUGCAAAGCCAGUCAGGAUGCAUUUUGCCCUGGUGUUUAGUAAAGCGGAGUUGGCGUGUGCAGCGUGUAGCUGAGGCGGCAGGUGCCCCUCUCUUUGACGCGAGCGUGUCAGCUAUGCGGGGCGUGCCCUCUGGAGCCCCUCCGUGUGCCUGGGCUAGGGCUGCCCCGCCACCGUCCAUGUCACGUCUGUCCCCGUCGCCCUUGGGUGGGCUCCAUUACGGCAGUAUCGGAGAGGAGUGAGACUGUUGGCAGGGGCACGUGGAAACCACUUUGAUAAAUAUAUGUAAAUAAAUAUCUGUCCCUAACUUUUCCCCCAAAGCAACAGCAAGACAUAUUUUGUUAGAUAUUUUAUAAUGUUUUCUAUAAUUUAAAAAUGUAUAGCUUGCCAUAAUUGUUAUUUUCAUAACUAUGAUGCUACAAUUUUUUUAAAAAUUAGUUUUGUCCUAAAAUUUUGAAUGUUUUGACCUUUUACAGAUGUUUUUAACUUUGUUUUAAAUAAUUUUAAAUUAUGGAACU